AUAAGGCGAGCCUGCGACCCCCGCUCUCCGGGAGGGCGGGCAGGGGCUCCGCAUCCCUAGCACCCCCGCACAUGGAUGCGCACGUCGCUUUCUCGGGCUUCCCGGCCCUGCCCUCAGUCUCGCCGUCGGGGCCGAAGCCGUCGCCGCUGCUAGCCGUCGCCGAGCCGGGACACGAGCCCGAGGAGGUGACCAGCGGCGGGGACGUGGAGCCCACGGCCGCAUCGGGCCCGGGGAGGAGGCGCCGGCGGCCGCUGCAGCGCGGGAAGCCUCCCUACUCGUACAUCGCGCUCAUCGCCAUGGCCCUGGCGCACGCUCCGGGCCGCCGUCUCACGCUGGCCGCCAUCUACCGCUUCAUCACCGAGCGCUUCGCCUUCUACCGCGACAGCCCGCGCAAGUGGCAGAACAGCAUCCGCCACAACCUCACCCUCAACGACUGCUUCGUCAAGGUGCCGCGCGAGCCGGGCAACCCGGGCAAAGGCAACUACUGGACGCUCGACCCCGCGGCCGCCGACAUGUUCGACAACGGCAGCUUCCUGCGGCGCCGCAAGCGCUUCAAGCGCGCCGAGCUGCCCGCGCCGCCCCCGCCGCCCUUCCCCUACGCGCCCUUCCCGCCCGCGCCCGCGCCCGCGCCGCCCGCGCGCCUCUUCCGCCUGGACAGCCUGCUGGGCUUGCAGCCCGAGCCGCCGGGGCCGGUGGCGUCCGAGCCGCCCUGCUGCUCCGCGCCCGACGCCACCUUCCCGCCCUGCGCCGCCGCCGCCGCCGCCGCCGCCGCCUCGCCGCCGCUCUACCCGCCCGCGCCGCUGCCCGCCGAGCCUCUCCUGGCCUUGGCGGGACCGGCCGGUGCGCUCGGGCCGCUCAGCCCCGGGGACGCCUACCUGAGACAGCCGGGCUUCGCCCCGGGGCUGGAACGCUACCUGUGAGGCGCUCUCCCGCUGCGGGAGCACCUGGCCGAGGCUCCAGCCCUCGCUGGAGCAGAGCGCGCUAGUCUCCGGGGUCCACAUGCAGCUUGGCGCUCUCUGCUGAGUCCCCUAACCUUGCCUCGAGCUAGACCUUCCUUGCCUUCCUCCAUCCCGGGGGGAGACUCUGACCAUCUCACCACCACCGGACUGACGCCCCCUCCCUGAUUUGAGGCCUUCACUCCUCCCUCUACAUGUACGCCCCACCUAUGCACCCCCACAGUGCCGCGUCUCAUACCCUGCAGCUGGACGGUCACCAGUGGGGCCUCUAGCCCCGAGAGUCCUGGUGAGUUCCAGUCUGGAAGCUUUCAGUCUCAAGCCACCCCCUCGACCUCUGAUGUUUUGCCAACAUUAGAUAGAGGUCAGACUCCUGGGUUCAUUACUUUCAUGCCAUCUUCCGCCAUUUACCGACAAGUUUGACAGGUUUGUCCCCUACCCUGGCUUUACCUGUCUACCCUUGGUUUCUUACUGAGCCCCCUCCCACACAGACACACCUGGCUGCUCUGUUCCAGGUUCUGAGGCAGUUCUUCAGACUUUUCAAGGUAACAGCACCAAGGUCUCCUGAACGAAGGGAGGAUUAGUGGGCCUCUGUGAC